AUGGACAGAUCCUUCUCGUUGCUCUUAUUCCUCCUCUGCUGCACUCUGUGCCUUCCUGCAGUGACACCACUGAGAUGCAUAACCUGCCACCUUCGUACCCAGACAGAUCGUUGUAGAAGAGGUUUUGGCAUCUGUGUUGCUCAGAACCAUGAGACAUGCAUGAUCUUAAAGAUCUUCCAGGGUGGCACCCUCCAGUUAUCGUAUUUGGUGUGUCAGAGAUUCUGCAGAGAUCUGACAUACAAGUUCCAGGACCGAACUUAUGUUCACAAAUGCUGCAACUACAAUUACUGUAACUUCAAAGCACUAAAAUACUUCUACUCCUGA